GAUUUCGCCAUCCCUCUCUCUAUUCAAGGCCGCUCGUGAGGGAAGAGUGCCCGGGCCCAACCGGACCUCCUUCCCCGUCCUCCUCGACUGACGUCUCUUGGGACCUUUCUUUCCAGAUCAGAAACCGGCAGACGAAGCUUGGAAUUACUUGUCCCAGAACAAGAGUCCAUGGACCUGAGCCGCCGAGCAGGUACCACCACUUUGACCAGGGCCCAUCUGAACCACGAGGGAGGCCAGCAGGACAUGGACCCCUGGAGAACUGCCUGCAGCCCUGUGGGCACCUCCAAGUUCAAGUACCAGGCCCCAGUCUCCCCACAGCAGAGUCUGUACCAGGGAGGCAGCCCCCUAAGGCAGAUCCACUUGGAGGAGAUCCGACCUCCACCCCCAACGGCCAUCAGUAGGGACUCUCUGUCCUCGGGGUUGGACCCACAGUGUGUGUCUCCGAGGAAGGCAGAUUACAGACCCUCCUCGAGGGAGAGCAGGGCUUCUAUCCGAGAGGGGGCUCCGCUGUGCCAGGGACUGAAGGAAGGUCCCAACGCGGGAGCCCAGGACCAGGAGAGCAGCGUCAUUCCUGACAACAUUCGUCACAAGUUUGGGAGCAACAUGGAGGACGAGCUGGUCUCUGAGGAGCAGGCUCAAAGGGCCAUCGGUGAAGGCUCUGAGGGCCAGAAGAGGGCCACCUCGUGGCCCAGCAGGACCCAGAGUCCCAUGGGAAUCAACGCCAUCUUCUCAGACUACUAUGAUCUGGGCUACAACAUGCGGUCCAACUUGUUUCAAGGGGCCUCCGAGGAGACAACGAGCCUUAUGAAGGCCUCCUACACCCCAGAGGUGAUUGAGAAAUCAGUGAGGGACAUAGAUCACUGGCAUGGCAGGAAGACGGAUGAUCUGGGCCGGUGGCACCAGAAAAGUGCUAUGAAUAUGAACUUACAGAAAGCACUGGAUGAGAAAUACGGAGAGAAGGGCAAAAGCAGAAACUCAAAGUACUAGAUACGACCGAGAAGAGGUGCCUUCCACUCCAAGAAAUGGCAAAGAAUAAAGAAAGGCACCCGUCUGAAUGUU